AGUAGGACCAACCUCUGGCCUAUUUUCCUGGAAAUUGAGAGGUUUGAGUAAGAACACUCUGUUUAUUGAAGGCUUGGCUGCUCGGCAAGUUGAGAGAGACUUGGUGGGUGACCCAUGGAAUUUGGGAAGUUGACAAAACGGGACCAAUUUUCAUGCCUAUAAACCUUGGCCGCAUUUCCAUGACUUGAAGAAGCCGUGAGAAGAGUGGUUUACGCAAACCAAAAAAAAAAAUAGCCAUGUUUCCCAAGCUUGCAAUACUGCUGCCUCUUCUAGUGAGCUUUGUAGCCUCUGAAGAUACCAACUUCACCUUCAAUGGGUUUGUAUCGGCAAAUCUAAGCCGAGAUGGCAUAGCCGAAAUUACUCCUAAUGGCCUUUUGAGGCUCACCAAUGACACCAGACAGAAAACCGGUCAUGCUUUCUACCCCAAUCCAGUCCGCUUCAAGAAUUCCCCGAAUGGCACCGCUUCCUCCUUCUCUACGACCUUUGCAUUCGCUAUCAUUUCUGAAUAUCCCACUUUGAGCGGUCAUGGAAUUGCUUUCGUGAUUGCUCCCACAAGAGGGCUCCCUGGAGCUCUGCCAAGCCAGUACCUCGGCCUUUUCAAUGGUAGCAACAAUGGUAAUGCCACCAAUCAUGUUGUCGCCAUAGAGCUCGAUACCAUCCAGAGCAACGAGUUUUCCGACAUCAACGACAACCAUGUUGGGAUUGAUAUAAAUGGGUUGAAGUCCAAGGCAUCUGUUCCCGCAGGAUAUUAUGACAACAAUGGUGCGUUUAAGAAUCUGAGUCUUAUCAGUGGCCGCCCAAUGCGAGUUUGGGUGGAAUAUGAUGGUGUCAAGAAGCAAAUCCAGGUCACUAUGGCUCCAAUUAAUGGAGGUAAACCCAAAACUCCGCUCUUGUCUUUGUCCUAUGAUCUUUCAACGGUCAUUGGAGACAACAUGUAUGUUGGCUUCUCGUCUGCAACCGGCUCAGUCCUAACAGCCCAUUAUGUUACGGGUUGGAGCUUUAAGGUGAACGGCCCGGCUCCAGAACUUGUCCUCUCUCAACUUCCCAAGCUGCCUCGGAUAGGAGCUAAACCGAGAUCUAAAUUUCUGACAAUUGGGUUGCCUAUUAUUAUUGUUAGUUUAGUCUCGGUAGCAGUUUCAGCUGUAGUUUAUGUGAUAAGAAGGAAGAGGAAGUUUGCAGAAUUGCUAGAAGACUGGGAGCUUCAAUAUGGGCCUCACAGAUUCAAGUACAAAGAUCUUUAUAUUGCCACAAAAGGAUUUAGGGACAAAGAGCUGUUGGGCUCCGGUGGAUUUGGCAGGGUGUAUAGAGGUAUACUACCUACCUCUAAAAUUGAGAUUGCAGUGAAGAAGGUCUCCCAUGAAUCAAGGCAGGGAAUGAAACAAUUUGUUGCAGAAAUUGUAAGCAUUGGUCGGCUUCGUCACAGGAAUUUAGUACCACUCUUGGGGUAUUGCCGGCGCAAGGGAGAGCUGCUUUUGGUGUAUGACUACAUGCCCAACGGCAGCCUAGACAAGUACCUCUUCGACCAACCUAAGGUUACCCUGAGCUGGAGCCAGAGAUUUCGAGUGAUAAAAGGUGUGGCAUCGGGGCUGUUUUAUCUGCACGAAGAAUGGGAGCAAGUUGUUAUUCACAGAGAUGUCAAGGCUAGUAAUGUCUUGCUGGAUGGUGAAUUGAAUGCCAGAUUGGGAGACUUCGGUCUUGCAAGAUUAUAUGACCAUGGAACUGAUCCUCAAACCACCCAUGUGGUCGGAACUCUUGGGUAUCUUGCGCCGGAGCAUAGUCGAAGCGGCAAGGCCACGCCAGGCACCGAUGUGUUUGCUUUCGGGGCAUUUUUGCUCGAGGUUGCUUGUGGAAGGAGACCAAUAGAACAAGCGGGAGCAGCAGAUGAUGACCUUUUGCUUGAUUGGGUGUUUUCUCAUUGGAACCGGGGCGAAAUUCUUGCGGCAAGGGAUCGAUGUUUGGGUACAGAUUAUGUAGCAGAGGAAGUAGAGCUGGUUUUGAAACUUGGGUUGCUCUGCUCUCAUUCAGAGCCUUCAGCUAGGCCAAGCAUGCGCCAAGUUGUGCAGUUCUUGGAGGGUGACUUUCCUCUUCCAGAGUUGACGUCGCUUGGCCUUUGUUCCAGCGGCUUAACAUUUGCGCAUAAGGGAGGUGGUUUCAGUGAUUUUGCCAUGUCCUAUCCGUCUUCAGGGGACAGGCCAUUCACGCAGACCUCUUUUGCUGCAGAGUCGCUUCUCUCAGGCGGUCGUUAAUUCUAAAAGCUUUUGUUUGAGUUUGUUGGUAAUCUUUUGAGUAAUGUUGUUUGAAAUGAUUGUAAUGAAGUAGUAGAUUGUCUCUUUUAAGGUAGUGCAGUAUAGUUAUCGUUGUGUAAACAUGGACGAGAUGAGCUCCCUGGGUCGAUUGGGUCUUCUGUGAUCAUAUAUUUUGCAACUUUGCAUUCUACAAAAUAAUUCAUCAGCGUUUUGGAUUUA